AUGGCCCCAACCAAUAGAACCAUCACCGACGCCCUCCCCAUCCCAAACUCCCCCACAAACCAGCGUAUGCCCCAGCUCGGCUUCGGGACCUACCUCUCCCCGCCAGAGCUAACCCUGCGGUCCUGCCUCGCCGCCCUGAAGGCAGGCUACCGCCACAUCGACACGGCUCAGUACUACCAGAACGAGGCAGAGGUCGGCCAGGCCAUCCAGCAGUCUGGCCUGAGGCGCGAGGACGUCUUUGUCACUACAAAGGUCCUGACUCCGGGAGACAGCGUUGACGCCAACUACGCCUCAUGCCUCGAGAGCGUCGAGAAGAUCGGCGGCAAGGGGGGAUACGUCGACUGCUUCCUGAUCCACUCGCCCAACGUGGGCGAGGCCAAGAGGAAGGAGCUGUGGCUGGCGCUGGAGAGGCUGCACCGCGAGGGCAGGGCGAGGGCCAUCGGCACGAGCAACUUUGGCAAAGGUCAGAUCGAGGGGCUUAGGGGCAUCGGUGAGGUCUGGCCGCCGCAUGUGAAUCAGAUCGAGCUACAUCCCUGGCACCAGCAGCGCGAGAUCGUGCAGUACUGCAACGACAACGGCAUCAUCGUGCAGGCCUACUGCCCCAUCGUCAGGAACCAGAAGGCCGAUGACCCGACCCUUGCGGGCAUCGCGCGAGACCACGGCGUCACGCCCAACCAGGUGCUUAUCCGGUGGGGCCUGCAGAAGGGCUGGGUGUCGCUACCCAAGAGUGACAACCCAGAUCGCAUCCGCCUGAACGCUGAUGUGUUCGGCUUCGACCUGAGUGUGGACGAGGAGGUGCUGCUCGACGGGCUGGACCAAGGAGCUGCAGGCGGGCUUGUGCAGACUGUUAAUAAUGAUUGA